AUCGGACCAGGUUGUUGGCAAUCCAAGCAGCCUCAGUGCCCUAAGAAAUACGAGCCAGUCGGUUGUUUUGCAGACAUAGCAGACCCCCCAGAAGACAGGACGUUAUUAACACUACUUCUUACAGCCAGGGAUCCAAGAUCGAAAGUUUACUUCAAAGAAAGUAUAAAUUGGAGGGACUGGGCUAACUUUAUCGACAGGUAACUACAAAUACAUCUUUUUUCUUUCAUUUUUUUCGCGUGAAUGCUUGAUUCAGUUGGAGUUCUUCGACUGAGUCCUGGAGUCCUUCAACUGAACCACUUGCAAGGGGCCAAUGAGAUCUCAAGUGAAAAAAAGAACUAAAUUUGAAAGCGGGAAUGUAAUUUGGUUGUAACUGCUUUAGAUAUGCCUUCGAUUAGUUGUGAUGACUUUCGCUAAGGUCAUCGAAGCGUCAGUAACCUUCCCUUCCAGCGGUGAGGGUCACUCUUACCCGGAUGAUCAGGCUACACGAUCAAUGAAAUGAUUCAGGUCAAUCGUGAUUUACUUUGGGUCCUCUAUCAAGCUUUUCAAUAAAAUUGAUCUUUUAAUAAAGCUAUAUUAAACCACUACGAUAUUUUACUUAUAGAUUUGUCUGUGAAUGUGCAAAAAAGGCCGAAAAAAUGAACUUUGAUUAUUUUGGUAUCGAGUUCCAUGGAGAAUGUUGGGGCGGAUCGAGCCCCAGGGAUGGUCGAAAAGUUUCGUCUGACAGCUGUAUCAUGGUCCAGAACAAUAACUGUGCUUUCGAGUCAUGCCAUGAACAACGAGGGCAAGGGAAGAUAUGUGUUGGAGGAGUUCUCAAUUUGUUCGUUUACAGACUACAAAAAGGUAGGUAAAUUAUUGUCGUGCCGCAAGUAUUAUAGGUACCGAGUUAUCUUAACAAAAACGUUUCUGUAUGUAGAUAGUUUCACAAGGUGGAAACUCUGUAACAAUCCGUUUGUUAAAACUACCUUACAUCUCUGAUCUGUACCGAGGAGAUCUACUUCGUUUAACGCCAAAUUCUCAAAAUUGAUGUAACAAGAAAUGUAUGGUAGAAAACAGGGAGAAAUUACAUUCAGACCUUGUGAAAGAACAAAUACUUUCUCACGUAUUUCUUUGUACACCCUGAAUAUUCAUGGAUAUAUACAUUUGUUAAGUGAUCUUCCAAAGAAAUAAGUUUUCUAACCGUUGAUUCGUUGUCUUUCUUUCGGCUUAUAACCCAGGCUGUUAUCAGUCGCAACAGCCUAAAUGCUCUCUGGAACGCAGGCCGGUUGGUUGUUUUCAAGAUACAAAAGACCCUUCUCUUCGAGCUUUACCAGACCUAAUGCUUACAGCAAGAGAUCCAAAUUCAAAGUCUUACUUUGGAGAAGCCUUUAACUGGAACGACUGGGCAAACUUCCUUGACAGGUAAAUGGGGAAAUGAAAAUGAGUCAACAUUUCUUUGAUAGAUUCAUUUUAAUUUAUCUGACAGAAAUACAGUGACCCUAUGAGAUGGGUGUUGGAUACUAGAUAGAAAAGUAAAGGUUUGAACCCUGACUGCGUCUUUGUGUUGUGUUCUUUGACAAGACAUCAUUUUUACUCUAACAAUUUCUCCUUCCAUCCAUGUGUGUUUGUACUUACGAACUCUUGACCAAACGCUUGGACGACUUACAAUCGAUAAACAUCUAAUCCCGGGAGAGUUACAAUCUUCCCAGGUGAAACAGGAUAACCUUAGACGCUCAAGAGUCACUUGGAAUGUAAAGACCACCAUUAUCUUUACCUUUGAAUAGCAAACUUCUCCUUUUGUUUGAUCUCGCAGGUUCACCUGUGAAUGUGCAAAACUUGCGGAAGGAAAGAACUACGAGUACUUCGGUAUCGAGUAUUAUGGCGAGUGCUGGGGUGGAGGUGACAGCUAUAAUCAGCAUGGUGCAUCUAAAAAAUGUACAAUGGUUAAGGAAAAUGAGUGUGGUUUGAUGGAGUGCAGUACACAAAGGAAUAAUUCCAAAAUGUGUGUUGGAGAAGAUUAUGCUCUGUACGUCUACACAAUCAAACCAGAACGUAAGUGA